CUUCGCCAUUGGCGUUAGCAAUCUCCCCUAUAAUCUCUGCUAUAAUCUCUGAUGCUAACUUGCGAUCAUUAUUUUGUUUAAUUAAUUAAAAAAUAAUGAAGGGUCUACCAAAUUUUUUAAUCGUAUUACAAUGAUGUACAAAGGUCCUACUAUUGAUCGAAAUAAAAAAACUAAUGAAUUUUCAAUUAUGUGGUGCCAACUACCUGGCCCCCUACUUUAGUUAAUCCUCCCGCUCAAAACCUGUUUUACUUACAGAUACGGGUUCUCUGAGCGUAGUUCCGUAGCCGCCGCACCGAAAUCCUUGCUGAAACGCAUCCAUGAGCCCUAGCAAUCUCCCCUGUAAUCUCUGUUCUUAUGGGAGUGUUUUCUAUCGAUCUGAUGCAAAACAUUAAAUUUUCAAUUCUAAGUAUGAUGUUUCUCUUUAGAAACAUCAAAUUUGGAAUAUGUGAUGUUCAAAACUUCGGCAAUGCCCGUGGUCAAUUUAGAGGGAUUAUCAGUAACCUAAAAACUGGAGUUCAUGUGAAUAAAAAGUAUAAUACCGGUGCAGAAUUGCCGGUUUCAGAGGAUUGUAUUAAAAAUUAUAUUAGAGCUAUGACCAAAGCUUAUGUUGAGAAACUGAACAAUGAGGAGUUUAAACAUCUAUUGCAGGUCAGGGAAGUCGUGAAUAUGUUGGAAGAUCGGUUGAAAAUUGAGGAGAACAUUAUGAAUUUGAAUGAUCUUGCAACAGAGAGCAAAGAAAUGAGCAAACUCAUCUCCGAGGAACAGCAUAUGUACAGAAGUCAGUUGACUGAACUAGAUGAUGAACUUUUGAAAUUAAUACUUACAAAUGUAGGUCGUGAUAAUUGUAGAAGUAUAGUCUUCGAAAUAACAGCAGGGGUAGGAGGUUCAGAAGCGAUGAUCUUCACAGGUGACCUUCUUGCAAUGUAUCAGAGCUACUUCAGCCGUCUAGGAUACUCUCAAGAACUUGUCGAUAUAAGCUCAGAGGGAUCAAUUAGUGGCAUACGUCACGCAAGUGUACUCGUCUCGGGAGAUCGCGUAUUUGAGACUCUGAGACACGAAGGGGGUGUCCAUAGAGUCCAGAGAAUUCCUGCCACAGAAAAAAAUGGUAGGAUACAUACAAGUACCGCCACAGUUGCUGUUCUCCCUGAGCUGAAUGAUAUUGAAGUCAAUAUUAGGCAGAAAGAUUUAAAAAUCGAAACGAAGAAAGCAACUGGCGCUGGCGGCCAACACGUCAAUACUACUGACUCCGCAGUGAGGAUCACUCAUAUCCCUACUGGAAUUGUAGUCGAAGCACAAACGGACCGAUCGCAGAUCAGGAAUAGAAAAACCGCAAUGUUGAAACUAAGAAAGAAAAUGUAUGAAGAAGAAUUCAAUAAGCAAAGAGUAACGACAGGGUCUCUGAGGAAGGAGCAGAGGGGGAUGAGUACAAGAAAUGAAAAAAUAAGGACUUACAAUUAUAGUCAGGAUCGAAUCACUGACCAUAGGAUUAGUGGAGGUACUCUGCAUAACUUGAAGGGCUUCAUGGCUAAUGGAGAGGGAUUGGAGGAACUCCAUGAAAAGCUGCAACGGCAACUACAAUUGAAAAUAUUCCAACGAGCUAUUGAACGGUGGAAGUAGGUAAAAAUGAGGAAUUAUUGCAACCAAAGGAUAUAAAUUGUCAAAAAAUAGAUUUCUUUGUGAUCUUUGUCUCUCCACAUCGUUAUUUCCACAAUUUUUGGUGACUUACAAAAUUUUUAAUUAUUUGUCAGUCUUGGAUAGAAUUAUUUGGAUUUGUAUUAAAAAAAAACAAAAAAAAAUAUAA